AUGGAUGCUGAUGCAGCUAGAGAGUUACUGAGUAAAGUCCUCGAUGUCUGCCAUGCCAACAGUCACAUUUACAGAGCAGCUUUGAUUGCAAUCGAAACAUUCGCUCUGUAUCCUGCUGAAAGCAUUGAUGUGAAUGAUCUUGGGCAGCAAUGGCCCGCCGCACUCAUGCUUGCGCCAUCACGGGAUCAACUUCCUAAUCGAGUAGAGCAGUGUUUGCAGGAAGAUGAUCCCCAUGCCUUAGAUGAAGUGAUAUCCCUUCAUUAUGAUUUACUGGGAUACUACAACACUGGGCGUGCUUUCCGAGGACGAUUGCUAUAUUAUCUGAGUGUAAUUCUGAGAACUCGCUUCGAUCGUCGAGGCAAUGAGGAAGACUUGGACCAGGCUAUAGCCUUUCAGGUGGAAGCGCUGGAUUUGCACCCGGUCGGUCACACAGAUCGGUCCUCGUCAUUAAAUAACCUUGCGUUUCUACUCUCCUCCCGCUUUGAGCACCUGAGGCAACGACAAAGACUUGGAUCAGGCUAUCGCACUUCAGAGGGAAGUGCUGGCUUUGUGCCCGGCAAUGAGGAAGACUUGGACCAGGCUAUCGCACUUCAGAUGGAAGCACUGGCUUUGCACCCGGUCAGUCACAUAGAUCGGUCCUCGUCAUUAAAUAACCUUGCAAUGCAACUCUCCUCCCGCUUUGAGCACCGAGGCAAUGACGAAGACUUGGAUCAGGCUAUCGCACUUCACAGGGAAGCGCUGGCUUUGUGCCCACACCGAGGCAAUUGCAAAGACUUGGAUCAGGCUAUCGCACUUCACAGGGAAGCACUGGCUUUGUGCCUGGUCGGUCACACAAGACAGUCCUUGUCAUUGGAUAACCUUGUGAAUCAACUCUCCUUCCGCUUUGAGCACCGAAGCAGUGGCGGAGACUUGGAUCAGGCUAUCGCACUUCACAGGGAAGCGCUGGCUUUGCACCCGGUCGGUCACACAGAUUGGUCCGAGUCAUUAAACAAUCUUGCGAAUCAACUCUCCUCCCGCUUUGAGCACCGAGGCAAUGACAAAGACUUGGAUCAGGCUAUUGCACUUUACAGGGAAGCGCUGGCUUUGCACCCGGUCGGUCACACAUAUCGGUCCAAGUCAUUAAAUAACCUUGCGGGUCAACUCGCCUCCCGCUUUGAGCACCGAGGCAAUGACGAAGACUUGGAUCAGGCUAUCGCACUUCACAGGGAAGCGCUGGCUUUGCACCCGGUCAGGCACGUAUAUCGGCCCAAGUCAUUAAAUGGCCUUGCGAAUCAACUCUCCUCCCGCUUUGAGCACCGAGGCAAUGACAAAGACUUGGAUCAGGCUAUUGCACUUUACAGGGAAGCGCUGGCUUUGUGCCCGGUCGGUCACACAGAUCGGUCCUUGUCAUUAAAUAACCUUGCGGGUCGACUCGCCACCCGCUUUGAGCACCGAGGCAAUAGAGAAGACCUCAACGAGUCACGAGAGAACCUACGCUGUGCAUUGACUCUGUUGACACAACAUGAUCCUCGUCAAUCAGUAGUCCAUCACUCACUAGCUAGUGUCUAUUUAUUAUUCCAUCGUUCGGGGCUUGACGGCACCGGAGCAGGCAAAGAUACUGACAGUCUGAAUUCUGCAAUGCAUCAUCUCAAGGCAACAGCAAAUGUUGUCUCUGGAGGCUCACUAUCUCGCCUGCGAGCAAGUCUACGCUGGGUUCACCAUGCUAGUCAACAUUCACAUGCCACUGAGCUGGAGGCCUCUUCAGUAUCGUCUCGUCACAAUAUCAUGAAGGACUUCCCAGGAACGCUUGCCGUGGAUGCUGCAUCGUGUGCUCUUCGUAGCGGUGACGUGUGUCACGCUGUUGAGUUGUUGGAACAAGGCAGGACUAUCAUCUGGGACCCAGAUGACACUGACUACACACACCUCUUGACAACCUCCAGACAUGCGGCGAUCACGCAGUGGCCCUUACGUUUGGUGAAGGAGUGGAACGAAGCUGUAGAAGAGAUCCGGAAGAUCGAGGGCUACUCUCGCUUCCUCCUUCCCCCCUUAUUCUCCGAUCUUCGAGAUGCAGCUCGUGAUGGGCCUAUCAUUAUGCUCAUCGCAAGCAAGUCGUCCUGUGAUGCUAUUAUUAUCCCGCAUCAGCAACCCCCGACUAGCAUUCAACUCCCUACCAAUCCUGGGAAACCCGCCAGAUUGGUGUUCGCACUCCAGGUGGCAAUUACUAAAGAGGCCAGUCCUAAAAAGAACCAACCAGCGCUGACAAAAGCUUUGAGGGAGUUGUGGGAUGACGUUGUCCAUCCAGUAGUUGAGAUUCUGGCCAGGAUUUGCACCACGAGAAGCCAUGACAAGUCGCUGUCGGUGUCCUUCGCUGCCAUUGGCCAGAAUCACCCAGCCGGUGCUUUAUUCACUUUGGAUAGUGUGGAGCCUGAGCUGGAUUUGGUGCUGAGUCUUUUGCCCCCUCCCCCAACUGUUUCCUCUACCAAGAUAAUGAGUAUUGAUGCCACGAAAUCGCGAGCGCUAUGUGCACUGCGAGAUAACACGUGGCUCCAUUUCGCGUGCCACGGGACACAGAAAUUUGACGAACCCGUUAAGUCCGCCUUUCUUAUGCGCGACCACCCGCUUUCACUCCUCGAUAUCAUCCAAAUGGAUCUCUCUCAGCAUCAAUUUGCAUUUCUUGCUGCCUGUGAAACCGCACGUGGCGCCUUCAGUACGCCCGACGAAGUGAUACACCUAGCUGCUGGCCUGCAAUUCGCUGGAGUUAAGAGCGUCGUUGGGACAUUAUGGAAGGUCAACGAUAGUACUGUGCAACGCUUAGUCAAGGCAUUCUACAAAAACUUGUGCGGGAAUAGCAAAAUGAAUCCCAAACGAGCUGCCCUGGCCCUGCACCAAGCAAUUCACUCGUUGGCUCACGACAAGGACAUGCCCUUGGACCAACGCAUAGUGUUCAUCCAUAUUGGCAUAUGA